AUGCUUUUCCGACCUACUACUUUUGCAGUGUUUGCUCUCCUCCUGACUGGUCAGGUUAUCAGCGUCCCCACGCCAAGGCCUGUCAAGGGCGUGAUUGGUGAAGAAGACGAGCGCGCUUUGGAGCCGUUGGAGACCAUCCAAAUAUACCGGAUGCGCCAAGUUCUCUCACCUGAGUGGGAUAUUGUCUCUCGUCGCCAAAUCCCAGCAGAACAGGCAGUAAAAUCACCUGCAGGGCAGAUCGUUCCAUACAAGCGACAGAUCCCCGCGGAAGAAGCGACCAAAUCGCCCGACGGUAAUAUUGUCCCUUAUUCUCGUCGCCAAAUUCCAGAGGAGCAGACGGUCAAGUCACCUACCGGACGGAUCGUUCCAUACAGACGACAGAUACCCGCCGAAGAAAUUCCGGCAGAGCAAGCCGUACAGUCACCGAAUGGACAGAUUAUUCCAUACAAACGACAGAUCCCCGAAGAAGCGUCAGUCAAAGCGCCUGACGGCAAGAUCGUUCCGUACUCCCGUCGUCAGAUUCCGGCAGAGCACGCGGUCAAGUCACCGAUUGUGCCAUACAAACGACAGACCCUGGAAGGAUCGUUAGCCACAGCGCCUGACGGCAAGGAUAUCGUUCCGUACCCCCACCGUCAGAUCCCAGCUGAGCCUGCGUACAAAAGACAGACUGAAGAUGGAGAUGAUCUCAACCGUCGCUAG